GGGGCGCCGCAGGAACCUCUAGAUAGAGAUCAAAAGUGCCCGAAGGAUUCGGCAACAUUUGUAAGCUCUCGCGCAAUCGCAAUUUGUCAGCACUAAGAAGAAACACAUCACAUAAGAAGAGAAACCUCAUAAAUAGCUACAACAACGCUGAUCUCAUUCCAUAUCCCCACAUCUCAUCGUGGCAGCGUCAUAUCGAACAAAAUGGUCGCCGUUCCAACCACUCAGGCCCAGGCUUUGGCUUGGCUUCGACGCUCCCACGAUAUCCACGACUCUCUCCAAACCACAGAAUUUGAUAAGAUCUACUCCAAGAAUGCUCAGGUCAAGUUCACCAACUUUCCUGCUGCCGAGGGUCUGGAAGCCAUCAAGCAGCUUAUGGACGCGGCGUUUAGGCAGUUGUCCUAUAUGAAGCAUGUCACUCGCCAGGCUGAUCAGGCGGAGAACCGAAUUUGGCUCGCUGUGGACAUCACCUAUCGGGUUAAAGGCGACCCUGAUAAUGAGGACAUCAACAUCCCGGCUGCGGGGCUGGUCACGAUUGUGACGGAGGGAGAAGAAGCUGGCAAGAUUGCACGUUUUGAUGUCUUUCUUGAUAACACUCCUGUCAGGGAUAAGAUCGCACUUGUUGCGAAUUUGGACUCGUAGGCAGAGCUGUUCUAUAGGAGAUUAAUUCACCGAAGUAGACACCUUUCCAUCUCCCACAAGGUGGUUCUCAGGUUCACAGUCUCACCAUCAUUUUUUUUUUUUUGGGCUAUCUCCCUGCUUAUUUG